CUAUUCCGUGCCGGCUCAGACGAUGAUCCUUGUGCAGCUCUUUCAAAAUACUUGAAUGGAACAGCCCUCCGACAAGAAUGACGAGCAAUCACAUCUCACAAGGCGCGAAUCUAGAACAGCUAUCGCAAAGCAGCAGGAGGACAAAGUCUCGCACCACAGCUCGCCUUCGAACCCACAAGUUAAAGAAGAAGAGUGCUUUCCGGAUGGUGGACUGAGAGCCUGGCUCUGUGUCUUCGGUUCCUUUCUAAUCUCAGCUGUCUGUUACGGAGUCCUCAAUUCCUUCGGCGUUUUUCAAGAGUAUUACAGAGUUAACACACUGAAGGACAGACCAAUACAAGACAUCUCGUGGAUCGGAUCCCUCCAGCUUUCGUUCAUUCUGCUCACAGGAUGCGUUUCUGGGCCCUUUUUUGAUGCAGGAUACUUCAAGUCUCUCAUUGCUGGCGGAGGGAUCUUAUAUGUCUUCAUGCUCUUUAUGACCUCGAUCUCGACCGAGUUCUACCAGUUCAUUUUAGCCCAAGGCAUUGGUGUGGGGCUCUCAGCGGGGAUGUUAUUUACCCCAUCGCUUUCUGUCCUAGCACAUCACUUCAAGCGUUACAGAAGUAUUGUUUUCGGUAUAUUUGCGGGAGGUGCUUCGGUUGGUGGUGCCGUGCUGCCAAUUGCUGUUCAGAGACUCCUGAGAGAAGUCGGCUUUCCUUGGACAAUGAGGAUAUUGGCGUUUUUUGUUCUGUUCUGUGUAUCAGCUGGCUUUUUGUGCUGCGGUCCGCGAUUGCCGCCCCGACAAGGCAGUCGAGUGCUGGAUGUUAGAGUCUUCAAGAGUGUAUCCUAUUCCCUCCUUGUUUUUGGCGCCGGCUUGAUAUCGUUCGGAUUGUACGUGCCGUUGACAUAUGGUGUUACGUAUGCAGUUCAAAACGGUAUGGGACAGCAAUUAGCAUUCUACUCGCUAUCGAUCCUCAACGGCUGCUCGCUGAUUGGCCGCGUAUUGCCCAAUAUCAUUGCCCAGCGCGUGGGUCCGUUGAAUGUCCUCAUUGUUUCUUGCACUAUCGCGAGCAUAAUGCUCUUCGUGUUCACCACCGCCAAGUCAAAUGUCAGUAUUCUGGUGUACGACGGCUUCUUUGGUGUUUUCAGCGGGACCUAUGUAUCAGGCCUUCCCGCUGCAUGUUCGAGUCUAACGUUCGAUCCAAAGGAGAUUGGAUUACGGCUUGGGAUGAUGUAUUUCAUAACGUCCUUCUUUUGGCUGGCUGGCUCACCCGUUCAGGGAGUUUUGAUACGAAUGCACGGCGAAUAUUGGCCUGCUUCCGUCUUUGGAGGGUCUUGUGUUGCGCUAGGUGUAUGCUGCAUGUUGGCAGCUCGCUACCUGACUGUUCGAGCAAAAGAAACACAAUUAGUUUGAUAUAAAUAGUGUUUCGACCACGACCACCCCUGCUGCAAUAGAAUAAUACAUAGGAACUCGGCUUGAAUUCGCGAUCACUGGAUGUUGUUCCGGGCGAAAAACGUUGUGGCAGUGAUGCUAACGAUUACUGCGGCCACGACAAAGAAAGCGAUCUGUCCCGUGGGGAGAGUACCUUUACUCCCAAAGUCUGCGUCAUUCCACCCCGUCGCGUUUUUUGCACCACUGUAUUGCACGAUCAUCCUACUAAAUCCCCCUGAACUUGUUGUCCAACUAUAUUCUUCGUGAUCGUGGUAUACGUUUUGUAUCGGCCACGGCUUGUAUCCAUCUGCUUCUGCACGGCGUCGGUUAAGACCACGGGCGUCGGGAGGUGAAUGGGAUAGAUCUCAGCCCUGAGUACUACUACUCACCAGGACCACGAGUUUCAUAGGGGGUCUGUUUCAUCCUGACCAAACGUCGUCGUUCUUCUGUCAGUCCUAGGAGACUUCGUGUAUUCCGCCGAGCUUGGCAUGUUUCGCAGUUUCCUCCUGCUCUGCUCAUUACGACUGAACCACAUUUGUUGCAAGUGGAAAAGCGAUUGGAAAUGUUCGACAUUUUCCGAUUUGGUUCUGGAAAACCUGUACUUGAAGGAAACUGCUCAGUCACCAAACUCGGUUUGGAAAAUAACAAGUGGUCAUGCACUUACGGCUUCACCGGUGUUUAUUCCGCUACUGUGAGCCCCGACAAAGUGGUUAAGAGGCAAACAGGCGUUUAGUGGGUGGUUGUCUGAGAAGGGACUCACAUUUCUGUGUCUCCUCGCAACUUAUAUAGUGCCGGUGAGAUAUGUUCGUGAGACUAGUAGAUAUGAAUGACAGGGUGUCAAGCGACAUUACUUUUCAAUUCCUUGCACCAGGUAUGUUAUGCGAC